AUGCCUCCCACCUCCCUCCUCACAGCCACCAACGCAACAUCCCACAUCCACCUAAUCAUCGGCAGCAACCCCCUCGCCGCAACCCGCUGCACGAAAUCCCUCCAAGCCGGCGCGAAACCGCUGCUCAUCGCGCCGGAAACCGCAGAAUUGCAUUACGCGCUGCAGAAGAGGGUCGAUGGCGGCGAGGUGCAGUGGUUGAAGAAGGAAUUUGCGGAUGGGGAUGUGUUGGGGUUGGGGAGGGAGGAGAUUGGGGGGGUUGUGGAUGCGGUUUUCGUCACGAUGGGGGCUAGGCAUGUGUUGAGCGCGCACAUUUCUCAGCUCUGCAAACGCAACCGCAUCCCGGUCAACAUAGCCGACUCCCCCACCCUCUCCUCCUUCUCCCUCCUCUCCGCACACACCGAUGGGCCACUGCAGAUCGGCGUAACGACUAACGGCCACGGCUGCAAACUCUCCUCUCGCAUCCGCCGCGAAAUCGCCUCAUCGCUACCCUCUCAGCUAGGAGCAGCUUGUUUACGACUCGGGACGAUCAGGCGACGCAUACAAGAGGAAGACCAUCUGUCGAAUAGCAGUGGAGUAGACGAAGAAGAAAGCAUAGACCAAGCAGCAUCCUUUAAUAGACUCGUCACAGAAGCCGACCUCGACGCCGCGAAAAAUAGACGCAUCCGCUGGCUGUCUCAGAUCUGCGAGUACUGGCCCCUCCGCCGCCUCGCUGCCAUAACCGAUGCGGAUGUAGAGUCGGUGCUGAAAUCAUACGGGUCGACCGCUGCGCUCGAUAGCACAAAAGGGAGCGCCGAGAAGAAAGGCAGGAUUAUACUUGCGGGCAGCGGACCUGGACAUCCUGAUUUACUCACGCGCGCAACGCAUAAAGCACUGUUAUCCGCAGAUGUGAUCCUGGCAGAUAAACUCGUCCCAUCCGGCGUCCUCGACCUAAUACCCCGCCGCACACCCGUACAUAUCGCGCGCAAGUUCCCAGGCAACGCAGAACAAGCGCAGACGGAGCUCCUAGAACUCGGGUUGGCAGGGCUGAAGGCCGGCAAAACGGUAUUGCGGUUGAAGCAGGGAGAUCCGUAUAUUUAUGGGCGUGGAGGAGAGGAGUAUGAGUUCUUUCGAAAGGAGGGCUUUGAGGGCGUCAUUGAAGUACUGCCUGGUAUAACGAGCGCGUUGAGCGCGCCUAUGUUUGCGGGGAUCCCGGCUACGCAAAGGGGUGUGAGUGAUCAAGUUUUGAUAUGUACGGGGACAGGGAGGAAGGGGAAACCGAGUGUGCCGCCUGAGUUUGUGGGACGCGGACGGUAG